AUUCUGAAAGUCUAUUAUUCCUAUUCGUGAUUCAGGUAGUAUUGCUCACUUGUGCACUACUUGUGCAGUACUUGUGUACUUUACGGUGUUUACCUACCCUCUAACUCUAUACGUGCGGUUUGUUAGUAAUUUUGUGCAAUUGUUAUUCCAUAUCUAACAACGCGUUUUUUUUUAAAUUUGUCUCGGAUUAUGGUCAAGUUAACUUCUUAUCAACGAAGCCCGUGCAUAACUGUUGCUGUAUCUCACUAGCCGCCCUAGCUUGGCCGUCAGUAGCCUAACCUUAUCGUUGUGGCCAAUCAAGGACAGCAUUCUUGUCUGGAAAAUUUUAGCUGGCUCCUUCUAAAAUAAUGGAAGCUAUAGCCAAACACGAUUUUAACGCCACAGCAGAAGAUGAGCUAAGUUUCAGGAAAAGUCAAGUACUGAAGAUACUCAACAUGGAAGAUGACAUGAACUGGUAUCGAGCAGAGUUAGAUGGCAAAGAAGGCCUAAUCCCUAGUAACUAUAUUGAAAUGAAGAAUCAUGACUGGUAUUAUGGUAGAAUAACUCGAGCUGAUGCAGAGAAAUUACUAAUGAAUAAACUUGAAGGUGCUUUUCUCAUUCGUGUCAGUGAAAGUUCGCCAGGAGAUUUCUCUUUAUCUGUAAAGUGUUCAGAUGGUGUGCAACAUUUCAAAGUGCUGAGAGAUGCACAAGGAAAAUUCUUCCUCUGGGUCGUUAAAUUCAACAGUUUGAAUGAAUUGGUCGAAUACCACCGAACGGCAUCUGUCUCUCGGUCACAAGAUGUGAAACUAAGGGACAUGGUUCCAGAGGAGUGUUUAGUUCAAGCAUUGUAUGAUUUUGCUCCUCAAGAACCAGGUGAAUUAGAAUUUAAGCGAGGAGAUGUAAUAACUGUAACGGAUAGGUCAGAUCAGCAUUGGUGGCAUGGUGAAAUUGGAGCCCGCAAAGGUCUAUUUCCAGCAACAUACGUCACACCGUAUCAUUCGUAGAAAUUGCUCAGCUGAGAUUUUCGAAUGAGAAAAUUUAUCAGAAAAACGUGAAACACCAUUUUGGAAAAACAUACUUAUCAUGUGAGUAAACCUCCUUCACUGUGUACUCAGCCAACAUCCAAUUACAGUGUAAUUUCCCUCAUAUUCAUCACCCUUCCUUUCUUCAAUUUGUAAAUUCAUCCAGGAACAAAGAAUCAAAAAGCUAGAUUUGAGAAGGUCUAUCCCAUAUUUUUUUACUCUCUAAUUAUUUCUUAUUAUUACAAUAAUUUUUCUCUUUUUUUCUUAUGAUGUUUAUUCUGCUGUGGCCAAGCACAUUGUUAUUUUUAAAUGUUAUUGAUUACACUGUCACACUCUCGUGCUUUAUCUUGUAUCUUGUGUUGUAUCUUUCUUGUGCUUCGUUACAUUUUACUUCUUUCUGUUUCGUUAUAUUAUGGUUCCCACAUGAAUUGAGAAGCUUUCAAGUCUAAGGGUACAAUCCAUGUUUCAUUCUGUCUUGAUGACCUUGAUUUACGCAGGGUGUCCAUUUCAGUUACUUCACUCUUUCAUUGCAGGCUAAUUUACACCAUUGUCAUUUUGUAUGUCUUCCUUCAUAAAUCUUGGUAUCAAAAUCAUUUUAAGUGCAGUUCAAGUGACGAUAAUCAUUCAGAGUGAAAACAUUUUUCAACACUUCGUUGUAACCUAUCUAAAUUUGAAUUAAAAAUCGGAAGAUAUAAGGUACAGAUCCCAACAAAAGCCUAACUUGAAAUCCUGAUUUUUAUCAUCAAACGAAUAAAUACCAAGAAAGCCAGGUCUAGAAUAAACCUUGGUAAUGUUCCAGGUCAUCAGUUCUCCAAGGAAAGAAGGCCAAAAAGUUCAUAGCAAAACUUUCUUUUCUUAGUCUCAUUUCGUCCUUGUGAUAAGUUUAUAUAUUAUAUUAGGUUCAAGUUUCUUAUCAGUCUCUAUGUCUCAGUUAUUCUCUUAUCUCAUGGUUUAAUUGCUCCAAAGUGAUACUUAAGCAUAGAUUUCUGUGUAAAUUUUCAUCAUAAAACUUUAUUUAUUUGAUCUUUAUGAUGAUUUUUUCACCCUCCCAAGUUCAUCAAAACCUCUUGGUAAUUCCAAAUACACUUGAUUAUCAAAGGACCCAUGAAAAAUUAAAGGGUGAAAGUCUUCCCAAUCAUUUGUAACUGUGCUAAGAGACAUGUAUUUGUAGCAAAGGUGACAAUUUUUUAUUUGUUUCCCCCUAUAUGCCCUGUCUCACAUCCGAAAAGACCAAAAACCAUGAUUUCUGCAUUUUUCUAGUGCUUUAUGUGACAAUCAGUUGUUUUGAUAGCGUAGCAGUUCUAACCCUUUCAUUACUAGGCUAGAUUUUACAUGGGCGUGUCCUGUAACGGAAAUUGGUUGUCCCACAAACAAAGCGGAGCGAACUUAGUGGGGAACUGUCUAAAGUUGUAAUUCAGAUCUUCCUCACAGAAAGAGUACAAAUGUGAAUAUUUCUGAGUGGCAGUUGUUGAGUGAUGGCAGAAUCGUUAUGGGUAGGAUGUUUUUACAUUACAUGCAAAUCUUGCGCUUAAAUGAAAGGGUUGACACACUUACAUUUGAAAGAGACUGAAAAAUAAGUAGGAACCAGAAGGAAAAAAUGGUGGAGAGCCAACUCCCAAGAAGUUUUGCUUCAGCGUUUUUAAAAAUACUAACUGUUGUUAGAGUGAAAAGAAUGCCCCUUUAAAGAAAACCCAACCGACCUAUCAAGCUCAUCUUGAUCUCUUUUGAAUACAGGCAUCAAAAGCAGUCAUCUGAGACUAAAAUCAACUGAUUUGAACAAAAAUUGGCCAUAUCAUAGUAGUAUAAACGUCGGGUGAAUCGAAAUAGGCCGUGGUUUUUUUAAACAAAAGAAUUCUCACGGAAAUGUACCUAAUAAAAUUUUACUGAUUAUCUGUAACCGAGCAUUCAGGAUAGCAACAUCUGACCUGACUUGGCGAGGUAGAACAAUAAGAUGUAACCAUAGCAUUGAUGGAAUUCAUGUGUGAAUUCGUUAAAUGCAAAGUUUUUGCUGUAUCUGCUGUUCACCAUAACCAGUUGUUAUUCCCUCCUGUAGUAAGUAAGUGUCAACCCAGAUGACACACCCUAACUAACAGCAAAAUGCCUUUAUCUUAGUGAUUCUUCAUCAUAAGCCACUUUAAAUAAAAAAUUUUGAAAGCAACAUGAAAACAUAUAAAAAUGUGCAAGAUAUGUAUGCACAAAAAUAAAUAAAUUAAUAAAAGGUGAGGCAGAAACUUACCAAGAUAAUUGUUCCCGCAAAACCAAUUCAUUCCAUAAAAUUUUCCAGUGUUUCUUUGGGUAAAUCUUGAGUCUUACAGCAACCACAUAAUGAUGCCUAGUGGUGUUCAGUGGCAAAAGAACAUUCAAAAAGUUUUAUCGGCACAUUUUGGGAAGAAUGAAUUUGUUACUCGUAAAAAAAACUGUUCCUAAUACUUAUGCAUCUUCGUUCAAAUUACCAUAUCAGUGUCAAUUUUGUCUAAAGAAGCUGAUUUUGGCCUCAAAACAUUGCUUAUCGUGUUUUCUUUCAAAGGAAACCAAGAUCAGCUCAAUAAGUUGUUCAGUUUUGAAUCAGAGCAACAGUCCAGGUCUUACUAGAGCAGCCCAUGUAUUUACAAACAAAUCCUCACCCUCAGCUCACAGUGAAUGCCUAAUGGACCACCAGAUAAGGUACGAAUUUCAGC